AUGAAAAUUCACACAGCUGUGCGGCAACGAUUUGCCUCAGCGAUCUCUUUAAGUGCCUCUUCUUUAGACAUCUAUUCGUUGCUUUGUUACUUUUUCGAAGUGCUGAAAUUGCAGUUGAUCAUUCAUCAAUCUGUGGUGAUAAAAGAAAGCAUGAGCAUUAAUUUAAUCAUCUUAAAGCAAGUAAAUAAAGAAGAAAUUGUAACUUACCUUUCAAAGGACUUGAGGGAGACGUCGAAUUCACAAAAAUGUGCUGAUCUGAUAAGAAUAAAAGCUAAAAUUACUUAUUUGGCCACAAAAAAAAUAUUUAAAAUAACAAGUUAUAAUUCAAUGAAAAUUAUUAUAGGUGUCCAAAGGUCUUCGGAAUUUCCUUAUCAUCACAACAUAAAUAUUUCUAAUCUAUUACAUCAAUGUCAUUAA